AUGCAAGGAGGCUGGACUCCAACAACACAGGGCGAUGAUACAUGCAAAUGCGACGCAGAUGAUCAAGAAAUAGUCAAAAAUAUCUGUACACCUGCCUGCCCUAAGGAUUCCACGAGACAAGAGGAUGAUACCUGCAAGUGUAAUGCAGACGGCUACGAGAUAGUCAAGGGUACUUGUGUACCAGAGUGUCCUGAAAACUUGAGUCGCCAAGAGGACGGCACUUGCAAAUGCGACGAAGAUGGUUUUGAGAUCGUGAAGGACACAUGUACAGCUGAAUGUCCCAGAGACUCGAAGCGUCAAGAUGAUGGAUCCUGUGAUUGUGACGCCGAAGGUUAUGAGAUUGUCAAGGGUACCUGUGUUCCAGGGUGUCCGAAAGAUUCAACCCGUCAAGAGGACGAUACCUGCAAAUGCGAUACCGAAGGCUUUGAGAUUGUCAAUGGCGAAUGUAAGGCGGAAUGCCCCAAAGACUCGGAACGACAGGAAGACCAGUCUUGCAAGUGUACUACCGAUGGCUACGAGAUCGUCAGUGGGGAGUGCAAGCCUGAAUGUCCUGAGAGAUCUACUCGUCAACAGGAUGAAACCUGUAAGUGCGAUACCGACAGCUAUGAACUGGUUAAGGAAGAGUGUAAGCCCGCAUGUCCCGAAGGUAGCACUCGCCAAGAGGAUGGAACAUGCAAGUGUACUACAGACGGUCAGGAAAUUGUUGGUAAUGAGUGCAAACCGGUAUGUCCUGAAGGAUCUACCCGCCAGCAAGACAACACCUGCAAGUGCGAUACCGCUGGAUACGAGAUUCUCGCAGGAGAAUGCAAGCCUGAAUGCCCCAAGGAUUCCACUCGUCAGGAAGACGGCUCCUGCAAAUGCACCGCAGCCGGUCAUGAAAUUGUCAACGGCGAGUGUAAGCCAGAAUGUCCCAAAGGAUCCACUCGCAACGACAAAAACAUCUGCAUCUGCGACGACGCCCUCGCUGAGCUAGACUCUAAAAACACUUGCACCUGCAAGCCCGGCAACGAACCCGUCAAAGACAAAUGCACACCCAAAUGCUCCGACGGUUCAACCCGCGACACCGAAGGCAACUGUAUCUGCGACAAGCCCAACACCGUCCUAUCCGACAAAAAGUGCGUCUGCAAAGACGGCUACAAACCCACCAAGAAGGGCUGCAAGAAAGACUGUGGCUCACACGCUUACGACAAGGACGAUGUUUGCGUUUGCAAAAAGGCAGGUCAGACGUUUAAUGAUGACAAUACAUGCACGUGUCCUACUGAUACACGCUGGAACGGCAAAAUGUGCGCUUCGAACUGUGGCUCCGACGCAUGUUGGAGCAACUCCGCCAAAGGAUGCGUGUGA